UGCACAUGGUCUUGGCUCCUCCCACCCCUCUCAACAAUAUGGCGGCGCCCUGCUGUUGUUCCCUGGGCACCUGGGUCUGGAGUAUAGAGCAGCGUUUGGGGAGUUUGUUCACACAUUCCUCAAAGCCAUUUUGUUCCGCCGCCACAGCCUCCAGGCGUCUGGAUGCUCAGCGAUUAGUGGAGAAACUCCGAGCUAAGAAACAGGAGCAAAAACAGAAGGAAUCAGUGCCCAGGAGCCCCGUUCAGCGAAGAGUGCACGAACUAGUGCGAUGCACACAGCAGCUGCAAAGAGUCCACCCCAACGUGCUUGCGAAGGCACUGUGCCGAGGAAUUGUCUACCAGGACAAGAGCCUUGUGGUCAUUGAUAAGCCCUAUGGUCUCCCUGUGCACGGUGGCCCUGGAGUCCAGCUCUGCAUCAGUGAUGUACUACCUAUCCUGGCAAAGAUGCUUCGUGGUCACAAAGCAGAGCCCCUGCACCUGUGCCACCGAUUGGACAAAGACACCACUGGUGUAAUGGUGUUGGCGUGGGAAAAGGAAAUGGCACAUCAAGUCCAGGAGUUGUUUAAAACCCGCCAAGUGGUAAAGAAGUACUGGGCCAUCACUGUGCAUGUCCCGGUGCCCCACGCUGGAGUUGUGGAUAUCCCCAUCAUCGAGAAGGAGGUGCAAGGCCAACAACACCACAAGAUGACGCUGUCCCCAAGCUACCGCAUGGACAAUGGGAAAAUGGUGAAAGUGCGGACCAACAGGAGUGCACACCUGGCCGUAACUCAGUACCAGGUGCUCAGCAGCACUGCGUCUUCUGCCUUCCUGGAGCUCCAGCCCAUAACUGGAAUAAAACAUCAACUUCGAGUUCACCUGUCAUUUGGACUGGAUUGCCCAAUCCUCGGUGAUCAUAAGUACUCAGACUGGAAUAAGCUGGCCCCCCAGAAGCUGCCUGUGGGUACCCUGAAGAAGCUGGGACUGCAACAGUCGAAGGCCCGCCACAUCCCCCUUCACCUGCACGCCUGCAAGCUGACCCUGCCUGCCCUGGGGGACCGCAAGGAGGAACUCCUCCUGACUUGCAAACUUCCUCGCUUCUUUGUACAGUCCCUGAAGCGCCUUGGCUUAAAGGUGCCAAGCCGGGACCAAAAUGGGGCUGAUGAAGAUGGACCUCCGGGAACCCACUGAAGACUGUUGGGCAGCUGGACCCCUGGAUUCUUGUUUUUCUUUCACAGACUGCUCACUUCUCUCCAGAGAGAAACUCUAGAAGUACCAGCUGUGAUAAGAUGCAAAGACCCAGCCAUUUUAGGGCUUUUACUGGAGACUUAACCGAUACUGGGCCAGUCUCUGGAACAGUCCCUGGGGAGUCUCCUUGUCUCAAGGUUUAAAUGCCAAGGAGGAGAGCCCAGCCUAGGCAGGUGGGGCCAGUCAUUGGAAAAGGAGAACUGAAGCACUGGUUUCUGGAUCACACGCUUGUUUGCAUCUAACAGCAAAGCUCCCGAUUGCCCAGGAAGGUUCUUGUGAUUGGAGAGAGCAUAGCAGUUAGACACAGCACGGAACUCAGACCGUCUCACCCCAGACCACAUGGGUGCCUUCUGCACAGGUGACUGGACCCUUUGGGGACCUUUGAGAAGCCAGGCAGGCGAAUGGCAAAGGGGUGAGCAGAAGGGUGCAAGCACACCUGCCGCCUACAGAGGGCUACUGGCGAUGCUUUGUUUGUUUCCUUCAGAAUUAAGAAACUGAUAUCUAUACAGAGUCUCCUAAUAUAUUGCCAAUUAAAUCACUUUUUUAAAAUA